UCUCUUAAUAAUAUAACCAUUUUCCAAAUUCUUUAAUUACUGUAGGAUUAACAGAUGGAUUCCUCGUUAAAUGCUACCAAAGGUUUUUUCAGUCGUAAAAACCUUCUUUCUAGUAAUUUGUCAUAGUAAGGUUUCUCGUGGGAGGAGUUUGCUGUGGGAUUUCAGACUAAUUCCCCCCUCAUAAGGUAAGCUUGAGGGUUUUGCAGCAUGUGACUGCUUCAAAAAAAGGGGUGGAGUGUGGGGGAGAGCAAAGAAUUUAAGCCAAGAAUUUAUCACACAUCCCACUUUUUUUUUCUCCAGCUAAUUUGUGUGUGACCGAUUGUGCCUCCAGACGUUUAACUCCUGCUGCUGUGAUGUGGCUUUUAGGAGUGGUUGUUUUGCUGCUGUGUCUGGUUCCGACCCAUCAACAGUUCCCUCGUCUGUGUGCAACCCAAGAAGCCCUGCAGACCAGGGAAUGUUGCCCUGCUUGGCAAGGGGACGGCUCGGCUUGUGGGGCCAGGUCAGGGAGGGGCUCCUGUGAGGAUGUGAGCGUGACGGACCAGCCAGAUGGACCGCAGUACCCCUUCUCUGGACUGGACGACCGUGAAAAAUGGCCCUUAGUUUUCUUCAACAGGACUUGUCAGUGUACGGGGAACUUUAUGGGCUUCAAUUGUGCAGACUGUAAGUUUGGCUACUUUGGGGAGCGCUGUAGUGAAAGAAGAGAGUCUCUCAGGAGAAACAUUUUCCACCUGACCAGAGCAGAGAGGAACAGGUUUGUGUCAUACCUGAACUUGGCCAAGCAGACACUCAGCAGCGACUAUGUUGUGGCAAUAGGAACCUACAGGGAGAUGCAGAAUGGCUCCAACCCACUAUUUGCAAAUGUCUCCAUCUACGAUGUGUUUGUCUGGAUGCACUACUACGUGUCCCGCAAUGCACUCUUAGGUGGCCCGGGGAAUGUUUGGGCCAACGUGGACUUUGCUCACUGGGCACCUGCCUUUUCUCCCUGGCAUCGUGUUUAUUUGCUGCACUGGGAGCAUGAGAUCAGGAAGCUGACCGGAGACACCACUUUCUCCAUUCCAUACUGGGACUGGAGGGACGCCCAGAGCUGUGAUGUGUGCACGGAUGAACUGAUGGGGGGCCGCAGUCCCCUGGAUCCAAAUCUCAUCAGUCCAAGCUCUGUCUUCUCUUCUUGGCAGGUCCUGUGCUCCCAAGCUGAGGAAUACAACAACAGAGGAGUACUGUGUGAUGCCAGGGAAGAAGGCCCAGUGCGCCGUAACCCUGGGAACCACGACCGUAACCUGGUGGAACGAAUACCUACUUCAGCUGAAGUGGAGUUCACCCUCAACCUCCCCAACUACGACACCGGACCGAUGGACCGCACCGCCAACAUGAGCUUCAGAAACACUCUGGAAGGAUUUGGGGAUCCCCAAACUGGGUUGGGUAGCAGUUCUCGCCUGGGUAUGCAUGCAGCUCUGCAUGUGUUCAUGAAUGGAUCCAUGUCCUCAGUGCAGGGUUCUGCAAACGACCCCAUUUUUCUUCUUCACCAUGCUUUUGUCGACAGUAUUUAUGAGCAGUGGCUCAGGAGGCAUAAUCCAGCUCCAUCCCAGUACCCAGAAGCCAAUGCUCCUAUAGGGCACAAUGGUGACUACUACAUGGCACCAUUCAUACCUCUCCAUCAAAAUAAAGAGUACUUUAUAUCCAGCAAAGACCUUGGAUACGAAUACUCUCACCUCCUAGAUACAAACCAGAGGCUUUCGGAAUCCUUGCGUCCCUACCUGGAGGAACUUCGGGAAAUGUGGCCCUGGAUGCUGUGCGCAGCCCUCUGUGGAGUGUUCGUGACAAUAGCCGUUGCUGCAGUGGUUCAAACCGUGACACAAAGAUACAGAGGAUCAUCCUGGCCUCAAGGGAGGAGCUGGAAAGGUGGAUUUGUUCUCCCAGAAAGACAGCCUUUAAUCCGCAGCGGCGACAAAGACGACACCAACCACCCAAACUACCAGACUGCUAUGUGAAGACUUGUUCUGAAUGUCAUUUUUUUUUCAUACCAGCGUUGUGAAUUAGGAGUGAUAGAGACCUGAGGUACGGCGUCUUUAAUUACUGGCUUUUUAAGACACUGCAGAUGGAAAAUGCUGGAUUAAGACUUGAGCAUCUUCAGAAUUUCCCUCCAUUGCAACAUAGUCUGAUAUUUGUAGCUUAGCAAAAAGAUGUCAAUAUGAGCUGACACAAAUGUUACUGGAUGUGAUAAGAGGUGCUCAAAGGAAACCAAAAUGAAAAAUAUUAAGAAGUCUGAUACUUUUACUGCAUUUGUAUGACUACAGACAAACUUAAGAGUUAAAUCACUGUGAACAAAGAUACUUAUGGGGGUUUAAACCAAGAUAAUUCACUUGAAAUUGACAUUUAUGUGUAGGAUCUUAGAUAGAAUAGCCAAUAAUUAUACUAAAAUACUUAAUAAAAGUACUACACUGAAGUAGAAAGUUGUAUUAUUACUUUAUAGUCACAGAAAUAAACUCAGGUGCUAAAUAUUUGUUGCUUACAACUUCGGAAAACUGUAUUUUCUAUUUGUUAGUUCCACAUAAAUGAAAAAUAUUUUUUUUUUCUUUCUGGUAACAUUCUUUAUGUGUGGAAUAAUACAUAAAAAUAUGUAAUUACAUAUGAGGUAAGAGAUACAAGCUUUUUUGUAAAAACAAAUCUCUCUAUCCCUAUUUAUAUACA